UAUAUUUUAACUCUAACUUUCAGAUUUUGAAAUGGAUUUAUCAUCCCUGGUUAUUGUUCUGUUAACUAUCUUGGACACAGUAAUUGGAUUGGAAUGUUCUAAAUGUACUCACGUGGUUAUAAAGAACGUCCCUUCAAUUCUCUCUUCAUUUCUCAAAAGCACUGCAUUACCCCAAAGUCCUCAAUGUGCCAGCACCCCUCCAGGACAAACAGCCAAUGGCGUGAGUUUGGUCAAGUGUCCCAGUAAUCCAACGUCAGGACAGGUGUACAAGUGUGUGACCUACACUGGUACCGUUACCGUGAAAAUUGGCGUACUCAUCACCGUCAGUGUAAAUGCUGAUAUAGUAUACCGUGACUGUGUUCUGAUGGACCCAGCAGUCCCUGCUUCAUGCGCCCCACAGAACAACAUUCCUGCUGAUAACGCAGUACUGAAAUCCGUGUUGUCCGGCCUAGCAAAUAUCAAUGCUGUCACCUUCGAAGGUACCAGAUGCGUAGCAGCAACAGCAACACAUCUGAGUGACAACAGAAUUGUCCUUUACACGUUCAUACUUUUAAUCUCUAAAUAUCUAUAUCAUCUCUAAUUAUAAGAAUCGAAUCGAUCAUAGUUAUCCCUUUUAUCCAAGGUAUAUCAUGUGCAUAGUUAUUAAAAUAGAUCAUAAUUACCCCCUUCAUCCAGGAGAUAUCAUAAACCGAAUAUUUUUUUCAUAUUUCCCGCUUUGACUUUUGUUGAUAUGUAAACCAGGGGUCAUAAUUUUACACUAUCUUUUCAUGCUUUUCAGGCUUUUUUCCAUACACAUGUGUUUCAUACUUGGAUAUUUUACUUGAAAAAGACGUUAAUGGUAAUUUAACAACCUAGCAAUAUGAUAAACGUAAUGACUUUAACCUUACUAUCGUCAACUUCUCUUACUUAUGCAGCAAUAUUCCUUCAUCAUCUGCAUACGGGGUGUAUAAUUAUAUCUCAGUUGAUUCGAUACGCAAGAGCAUGCUCUACGUAUGAACAAUUUUUAAAACGAGGUAAAUUAUUGACAAGAAAAUUGAUGAAACAAGAACAUCAGCAGUCUCGUUGAAAGUCAUCAUUUCGUAAGUUCUAUGGUCGAUAGAAUGACCUUUUCAGCAAAUACAAUUUAUUAUUGAGUCAAAUGCUGACUGACGUUUUUUAUACUAAUUGUUAGUCCAUCACUAAUACACUGAAUUGACGACGGUUUUAUAUUGUUAUUUCCCGACCAUGACAGGGAGAACACGGCGGGUGUGACCGGUCAGCAGGGGAUGCUGACUCCUCCAUGGCACCUGAUCCCACCUCUGAUGUUUCGGAGGACGGUGUUUGCUCUGCUCCUAUUUUGUAUUGUUUUU